AUGGGUGAAGCAAGCAGGGAGGAAAAGGGACGGCAGGAGCAAAAGAGGAGGGGAGAGAGCCAGACGAGGACCGGGUGGUCCUCACAGAGACCAGAAGACUGGGUGGUCCUCACAGAGACUAGAGGACUGGGUGGUCCUCACAGAGACCAGAGGACUGGGUGGUCCUCACAGAGACUAGAGGACUGGGUGGUCCUCACAGAGACCAGAGGACUGGGUGGUCCUCACAGAGACCAGAGGACUGGGUGGUCCUCACAGAGACCAGAGGACUGGGUGGUCCUCACAGAGACUAGAGGACUGGGUGAGGACCGGGUGGUCCUCACAGAGACCAGAAGACUGGGUGGUCCUCACAGAGACCAGAGGACUGGGUGGUCCUCACAGAGACUAGAGGACUGGGUGGUCCUCACAGAGACCAGAGGACUGGGUGGUCCUCACAGAGACCAGAGGACUGGAUGGUCCUCACAGAGACCAGAGGACUGGGUGGUCCUCACAGAGACCAGAGGACUGGGUGGUCCUCACAGAGACCAGAGGACUGGGUGGUCCUCACAGAGACCAGAGGACUGGGUGGUAAUCACAGAGACCAGAGGACUGGGUGGACCUCACAGAGACCAGAGGACUGGUUGGACCUCACAGAGACCAGAGGACUGGGUGGACCUCACAGAGACCAGAGGACUGGGUGGACCUCACAGAGACCAGAGGACUGGGUGGUACUCACAGAGACCAGAAGACUGGGUGGUCCUCACAGAGACUAGAGGACUGGGUGGUCCUCACAGAGACCAGAGGACUGGGUGGUCCUUACAGAGACCAGAGGACUGGGUGGUCCUCACAGAGACCAGAGGACUGGGUGGUCCUCACAGAGACCAGAAGACUGGGUGGACCUCACUAGAGGACUAG